UCAAUCAUUCAAACUCCACUCUAAUAAUUGAUUGACAAGUUUAACAAGCAAAGCAAUCAUCUCUGAUUGUAGCAAUCGUCUUUUACCCUCUCAAAUUUCUUGUCAAACAGCACCUACUCGCAAGAAGAUGACAGUCACACCUAAGAUCUCCAUCAAUGAUGGCAACCUUGUUGUCCAUGGAAAGACCAUACUGAGGGGAGUGCCUGACAACAUUAUCUUGACUCCUGGAUCGGGUGUUGGGCUUGUUACUGGUGCAUUUAUUGGAGCCACAGCUUCACAGAGCAAAUGCUUGCAUGUGUUCCCUAUUGGGGUUUUAGAGGAUACUCGGUUCAUGUGUUUAUUCCGUUUCAAGCUGUGGUGGAUGACUCAGAGAAUGGGGACAUGUGGAAAUGAUAUUCCUUUGGAGACCCAAUUCAUGCUUGUGGAGAGCAAAGACACCACCGAGGGUGAGCGUGAAGAUGCCCCAACUAUCUACACUGUCUUCCUACCUCUACUUGAGGGACAGUUCCGUGCUGUUCUUCAAGGCAAUGAGAAGAACGAAAUGGAGAUUUGCCUUGAGAGUGGAGAUAAUGCUGUUGAAACCAACCAAGGUCUUUAUCUUGUCUACAUGAAUGCUGGGACCAAUCCCUUUGAAGUCAUUAACCAGGCUGUGAAAGCUGUUGAGCAGCACUUGCAAACUUUCCAUCAUAGAGAGAAGAAGAAGUUGCCAUCAAUUAUUGAUUGGUUCGGGUGGUGCACUUGGGAUGCCUUUUAUACUGAUGUCACAGCAGAGGGGGUUGAGGAUGGCCUUAGAAGCUUAUCUGAGGGUGGUGUUCGUCCACGUUUCUUGAUCAUUGAUGAUGGCUGGCAACAGAUUGGUAAUGAAGCACCCAAGGACACUAAUUGUGUAGUUCAAGAAGGAGCACAGUUUGCAAACAGGCUUACAGGAAUUAAAGAAAACAAGAAGUUCCAAACGAAAGGCCUGAAGCAUGUGGUGGAGGAAGCCAAGAAACAGCACAAUGUCAAGUAUGUGUAUGUAUGGCAUGCCCUAGCUGGUUACUGGGGUGGAGUACAACCUGCUGGUCCUGGGCUCGAGCACUAUGAAACUGCUUUGGCAUACCCCGUUCAGUCCCCUGGAGUGAUGGGAAACCAACCUGACAUUGUUAUGGACAGUCUUGCCGUUCAUGGCUUGGGUUUGGUGCACCCAAAAAAGGUCUUUAACUUCUAUAAUGAACUACAUGCCUAUCUGGCGUCCUGUGGGGUUGAUGGAGUCAAGGUCGAUGUCCAGAACAUCAUUGAAACACUUGGUGCUGGUCAUGGUGGCAGAGUUUCCUUAACAAGAAGCUAUGUCCAGGCACUAGAAGCAUCCAUUGCUCGAAACUUUCCUGACAAUGGAUGCAUUGCCUGCAUGAAUCAUAACACUGAUGGGCUCUACAGUUCCAAGCAAACUGCUCUAGUUAGAGCUUCUGAUGAUUAUUAUCCUCGUGACCCAGCUUCUCACACCAUCCAUAUAUCCUCUGUUUGCUACAACUCGCUGUUCUUGGGAGAAUUCAUGCAACCAGAUUGGGACAUGUUCCAUAGUCUCCACCCUACUGCUGAAUAUCAUGCUGCAGCUCGAGCAGUUGGAGGAUCACCAAUUUAUGUGAGUGACAAACCCGGAAAUCACAACUUUGAGCUUGUGAAAAAGCUUGUCCUUCCUGAUGGAUCAGUGCUUCGGGCUCAAUUGCCUGGUCGGCCAACUCGUGAUUGCCUAUUUGUUGAUCCAGCUAGAGACGGGACAAGCUUGCUUAAAAUAUGGAAUGUGAACAAAUGCACUGGUGUGGUGGGUGUAUUUAACUGCCAAGGUGCUGGCUGGUGCAAGGUCAUAAAGAAGACACGUAUCCAUAAUGCAUCUCCUGGAACACUUACAAGUUCUGUCCAAGCCACUGAUGUCGACACCAUUGCUCAGCUGGCUGGCCCUGGUUGGAAUGGGGAUUCUGUAGUCUAUUCUUUUAGAUCAGGGGAAGUAGUUCGCCUACCGAAAGGUGCUUCGCUGCCUGUGACACUUAAAGUUCUUGAAUAUGAAGUAUUCCACUUUUCUCCAGUCAAGGAAAUUGCAACAAAUAUCUUUUUUGGUCCAAUUGGGCUGCUAGAUAUGAUCAACAGUGGUGGUGCCAUUGAUCAGUACAAAGUGCAUCUAGCUUCUGAGAAGAAACCCGAGCACCUUGAUGCCGAAAGCCAAUCUCCAACUGCAACUGUAUUACUGAAGGUCAGGGGAUGUGGCCGCUUUGGCGUUUACAUUUCACAGCGACCCCUGAAAUGCUCGGUGGAUGGUGAAAACACCGGCUUUGACUACAACAGUGAAUCAGGAUUGCUGACUCUGAAUAUCCCAGUUCCCCUAGAAGAGGAGAUGUAUAGAUGGAAUGUAGAAAUNACAGUUAUAUUUUAA